AAUAAUCUGUGUUUAUCUUGUGACAUAAACUAUUCAUCCUGGAAAUGUAUAUUGGAGUCAUUAUAACUCAUUAAGGUUCAGAAAGCAUUGUUUUCUCUUCCCCUUAGAUAUGCCAUUAGAGUAUUGUUACCGUAUUCAUAAAAAAUAAUUAGUUUUUGUGAGUGUUGGUAUCUGUAAAGUUUAACUAGUAUACAGGACCUUCAAAUAAAAACAAUUGCUGUUGCAUUCUCGCUAAUCUAAACUGAUCAAAAGUCACAUCACGAACUAGUUGUACAUUGCAAAUAUGGAAGCAACGCUAGAAGGAAAUAUAAUCAAAAUGCCCGACCUGAAGUACAUUCCAAAGGCUAAAGGUGUGGGACGCUUGUAUUUUGAUUGUAUGUCUAAAUAUAAGGAAAACGUAGCGCAGAUUGAUGGUCUCACCGGUUCAACGGACACCUUUGCUCAACUUCUGAGUCGUUGUAUUCGGGUAGCCAUAGGAUUGAAGGAGAUGGGCCUCAAAUCGGGCGAGAUUGUGUCGGUUUGCACAUUGAAUCACCUUAACAGCUGUGUGCCGAUGAUCGCUUCCUUUUUCCUUGGCGCAAUAGUUUCAGCAGUUGAUGUCAAUUUUAGAAGCAGCGAACUAGCUUUUUUACUCAAGCAAGCGCCGCCCAAAGUUAUAUUUGUGCAAGAAAAUGUCGUGCCAAAAGUCGAAAGUGCUCUGGCUACCAUUGGAUCUGAUGCAAUUAUUGUUGUUUUUGGUGAUCAUUCAGGACACGUUUCAUUCGCCGAGUUACUGAAAGAUCGAUCGGAAGAGAAAGAAUUUAAACCAAAAGAAGUGGAAAAUCUUUAUGAGACGGUUUCAAUAUGUUUUAGCAGUGGCACAUCAGGUCCUCCAAAAGGAGUUUGUUACAAUCAUUACACCAUGAUGUAUUUAGGAAGUGAUAAAGCGCAUGGUUCAUGUGACUCUGUGUUGUCUGUCAGUUUCGCAACACCCUAUUGGGUAGUCUUUCUGUUAGGCGUGCAUUUUCACAUAGUCAAAGGAAUCACUCGAUUAGUAUAUCCACAGUUUGACCCGAGCAACGCUUGGCAAACGUUUACUUAUCCGAUUACAUCUGGAUAUUUCAAUGUGGCACACAUUCUAAGCAUGCUAAAAGAAGGCAGACCCAACAACAUCCAAACUGACAGUGUAACAGAUAUUAUGAUAGGGGGAAACACAGUACCCGGAGGAACAAUUUUGGCAAUGAAGGCGUUACUUCCAAAUGCUCGCGUUCGCCUAGUAUAUGGCCAAACCGAAAUUCCUAUGUCGAUAGCAAGUUUCAAUCCUCUUAAUCCGAUUGAUCUCAGAUUUAUUGAGGAAAAACCCACAUCGGUUGGUCGCGGUGUUCCUGGAGUGUGGUACAAAAUUGUAGAUUUCGAAAAUGGUGCAGCACUUGGACCGAAUACUCCCGGCGAACUUCGUAUUAAAACUAAGAUGCAAACAAAUGGAUACUACAACCUGGACUCGUCGCAAAUAUGGGAUGAAAGCGGCUGGUUAAAAACUGGGGAUCUCGCUUACUAUGACGAAGAUUUGUGCUUCUUCAUUUUAGGACGUGUCAAGGAGAUGUUUAAGUAUCGAGAAUGGCACGUUAUCCCCAGCGUUCUGGAAGGUAUUCUGAAUACUCACCCGGCCGUGGAAAGUGUGGCGGUUAUAGGUGUUCCACAUGAAAUGGAUGGUCAUCACCCCAAGGCCGUUGUUGUUCUCAAACCUUCACAUCAAAGUACAAGUGAAGAGGAGAUUGAGAAAUUUGUGGAAGAAACCGUAAGCGAUAGCUGUCGUCUACGAGGAGGAGUCAAAUUCGUCUCCGAAUUGCCAUUAACAGUAACAGGAAAGAUAAUCAGAAAGCAAGUCGAGGAAAUGUUCUCCUAGCUUUCCGCCGAGGAUCAUAAAACAAUUUGUAAUAGUAAUUAUACCAAAACGUAGUACAAAAAUAGAAAGAUUAAAGGACA